AUGGAGUUUGACCUUGAAAACCCUUUGGAAAACUUCCAUGACCUUCAUUCUAAAGCUGUCUCUUAUCUCUUCCUCAUUGAAUCUGACCACACUCCAUCACAGAAUCACUUUCACACUCUCAAAGCCAAAGAUCUUGACAUCUCUGUCAGAAGAGAAGUCAUUUCUUUAAUCUCACAGUUGUCUUGUACUUUGGAUCCACUCUAUUCUUACCUUGCCAUCAACUAUCUGGAUCGAUUCCUAGCCAACCAAGGGAUAUUGCAACCAAAGCCAUGGGCCCUUAGACUCCUUGCAAUCUCUUGCAUUUCUCUAGCUACCAAGAUGAUAAGAACAGAGUACUCUGCCACUGAUUUCCAGGCCCUUUUGAAGCAAAGUGAGGGUGGCAUCAUCUUUGAGCCACAAACAAUACAAAGAAUGGAAGCACUUGUUUUGGGAGCUCUACAAUGGAGAAUGCGAUCGAUCACCCCCUUCUCUUUCAUAACGUUCUUCAUUGCCUUGUUGGGUCUCAAAGAACCACCAAUGGCGCUGGUUCUGAAAAACCGUGCCGCUAAAAUCAUAUUCAAGUCACAAAGAGAGAUAAAACUUUGGGAAUUCAAGCCAUCUAUAAUCGCUGCAUCCGCACUUCUCUGUGCUUCUCAUGAGUUGUUUCCUUUUCAAUAUCCCUGCAUCUUCGGAGCAAUAUCCGAUUGUUCAUUUGUACAUCAAGAAAGCGUGCAGCAGUGCUAUAAAGUGAUUCAAGACAUAGCCAUAGAGGAAGAGUACGAGUCUGGGCUGAAUGGGGUUUCAAGGUCAGACACACCGGUUAAUGUGUUGGACCAUCAUUUUCUGAGUUCAGAAAGUGAAAAAACCAAUGGAAUCACCGUUCCUGAUUCUCCUCUCAGACAAGAGAAGCACCUCAAAAGAAGGAAAAUCACUGGCCCAUAUGGUAACAAUCCAACGAUUCACAGUUCUUGGAUUUAA